CACUGUUGGGGCAGCUUAGCUUUCUGACUCGUGUUUCUAUCUGCCCACACACCGUAGCUGCAAAGGACCACUGGCAUGUUAUGUACGGCACUUAGUGUUGUUUGUUGCAUUUUGUUGUGAUUUUGUGUGGUAUAGCAUAGCAUUGUUGAAUUGCAAUCUAUGGUGUAACAUGACAAAGUUGACAAAUGCUAGUCUGUAUAGCCAGAGUGGUUCUACACUGGUUUAGCUGAGUGGACUUGAAUUAACAACGCAAAGCUUCUGUUGACUUCAAAGGGACCUUUUAAGGGUGCUUCAGGCAUGGCAACCGAUGUUCUUUUGGGUGAGUUCCUUGAGUUCCACCCCAUCCACGGUACCAACGUGCAGCUGGACCCCACCGGAACCAGAGCUACCCGGGUUGAGAGCUUCGCCAAUGGGGUGUGCUUCAGCAGACACCCCCUAGGCCCCGGCGAGAUAUUCCUGGUGGAGAUUGAGGAGAAGGAGCUGGGCUGGUGCGGUCAUCUCAGGGUCGGACUGACGGCGCAUAACCCAAGCAGCCUGCAGACGGUACCGGAGUACUCCAUCCCGGACCUGGUGGACCUGGGAAACAGCUGGGUGUUUGCCAUCACCAGAAGCCACAACAAGGUAAUUGAGGAGCAGCAACCAGCAGCACCAGCGCCAGCUGAUGACCUGGCCGGGGGCCACAGGCUGGGCAGGGGGGAAGCAGAGCAGGCACCACCACCAGCAGCACCACAACCACCAGCAGCAGAUCCCCCACACAACCGGCCCAAGAUGUUCUUCUCGAGCCCCCACCUGUGCAUCGACAAGGACGUCUACAUCCCCAUGGACAAGCUGAUAGGCCGCAGCAGACCAGGCAGGUAUAGCCACAUCCUGGAUGACCUGUAUAAGAUGAACGCCCUGCCUCCCACGGCGCGCCGGAGCCGCAUCGGAGUGCUGUACGUGCCCAAGGCGCCGGGCCUGGCCGACAUGCACAUCAUCAUCAACGGGGAGGACAUGGGGGCCUCGGCCAAAGGCAUCUCCAUGGAGCAGCCGCUCUACGCCGUCGUGGACGUCUUCGCCGCCACCAAGGUCGUCCGCAUCGUCCAGGUGGAAUACGGAUUCGCAUCUCUGCAAACGCUGUGUCGCAAGGCCAUCCAGAAAAAUAUAGUGCACAGAAUGGCACUGGACUGGUUGGAACUUCCCGAGAGGCUCAAGAACUUCUGCAAGUUUGAGUGAUGGCCGGGUGACAUCAUGAUGCUGUUGUGGCUUUAUUUUUCACCUGUUGGACACGCAUAACAAAUCCCUCCAAAAGACUUCAAGGCGUUCAGUAGGAGCCACUGAUUUGGUACCAUGUUUCCUUGGCUGCACCACCAUGUCAGGUGGUUUCAGAGUCUUGCCAUCUGGAGGUCCCAUGGAAGUCGCAUGGGGUGCUCAUGGAAGGGGAAAAAAUAAGUGGCUAUUGCUGUACCUUAUGCCGUUCCAUGCAAUAACUUAUUUGUGGUCAAUCAUGGAAGUGGAAGUGUAUUAUGUGUACGUUUUUAUGUACUGUCAUUGGAGUUAUAGUGUAUAUAAAAAACUUAAGAAACUUUUUUUCCUGGACAAACU